AUGGUUCUGGCAGAUGUCAUCAAGCGCUGGCAGCAGAUCAAAGGUAAAGAAGCGUUUUUGUGUACGGGAACAGAUGAGCAUGGAAUGAAGAUCCAGAGAGCUGCGCUGAAGCAUGGAAUGGAGCCAAAAGAGUUUUGCGAUGGAAACUCAAAUAAAUUUCGAGAAUUGGUGGCGGCUGCCAACAUCUCGAAUGACUUCUUCAUUCGGACAACUGACCAAGAACACAAGGACGCAGUAGCAGAGUUCUGGCUGCGCCUGAAGCAUUCCACUCCCGAGAGCUUGGGGCUAUAUAAAGGCUCCCACGAAGGCUGGUACUGUGUCAGUGAUGAGUGCUUCUAUCCUGAAGACUUGGUACGACCCAGUAUUGCGCCUCAGACUGGAAAGAAGAUUAUGGUUAGCACUGAGACGGAUAACGAGGUGGAAUGGAUCAAGGAAGAAACCUGGUUCUUCCCAUUGACAAAAUACAAAGAUGCUUUGCUGAAGCUUUACGAUGAGAAUCCCGGUUGGAUCAAGCCUGCGCAUCGCAUGGCCGAAGCAAGAGAAUGGAUUGAGAAUCAUCUUGAAGAUCUAUCGGUUACAAGGCCGGCUUCUAGGCUCAAUUGGGGCGUCUCUGACCCCGAGGAUAAGAACCAGACUAUAUAUGUGUGGGUGGACGCUCUCAUCAACUACAUAACUAAAGCUGGAUACGGAAGCAAAUGGCACACAGCAAAAGACGACAUGGGAAUAUGGCCUGCCAACCUGCAGGUUAUUGGAAAAGACAUUCUGCGCUUCCACACAAUUUACUGGCCAGCUUUGCUCAUGGCUCUUGAGUUGCCUGUCUCAAAGGGCUACCUUUGCCACAACCACUGGACCAUGUCCAACCGCAAGAUGUCCAAGUCACUGGGCAACGUUGUGAAUCCGUUUUUUGCCAUUCAGCGAUGGGGCAUCGAUCCCCUGCGAUAUUUCCUUAUGCGCAACGCAACCUUCCACAAAGAUAUGAGCUACUCUAACCAGAUAAUUGGUACCGUCUAUAUGAAAGAGCUGCAGGCAAAUAUCGGCAAUCUCUUCUAUAGAAUCGCAAAGCCAAAAUCAUCUGUGAGAUGGUCGACUCUGGAAGCUGUGACAGCCUUUCGCAAUGGAGAAUUGAACAAUUGGGUUAAAAAACAUGACAAAGAUGGUUUCGAGGCAGUCUACUUUAGCUUGGAAAGCCACUUGUCCGAAAGCCCUGAAGCUUUCUGUAAGGAAAUGGACGACUAUGACACGAGUGCCGCGAUCCGAGUAGUUUUCGAGCUUCUGAGAGAGACCAACCGCUACGUCUCAGAUACCAAGCCUUGGGAUCUGGUCAAGAAUCAGGAUCCAGAAUCUCGCGUCCUGCUAAACUGGGUAAUCUUCAACAGCGCAGAAGCACUGCGCAUUGCUGGCAUCUUACUCCAGCCAAUCAUGCCGACAAAGGCAUCAGAGUUGCUGGAUGCUCUUGGAGUCCGACCUGAUAGACGUACCGUUGAGUUUGCUGCCAAAGGCAAGGAUGCCGACUAUGGCACUGAGUCUAAGCCCGCAGAGCCAGCGCCUCGUAUGAGCAAAUGGGAUACGAUAUUCCCUCCAACUGCCAGUGCAGAUCUUUCAGAUGAUGAGCUGCUGGAGCACCUGAGGGUUGCGUUGCUGGAUAAGACUAGAAACAAGAUGAAUCAGAUGGCUGAGUUACUGGCCAUGGAAGCGCGUAUGGGAGAGGAGGCCAUGAUACCUAUCUCAACGAGUAAAGUUUUACUGGUUCCAUAUGAAGCCCACCAGGUGCUCACAUAUCAUGGCUGGAUGCAAGAUCCUGCUAUCCAAGAGGCGACUGCAUCGGAACCCAUGACCUUGGAGGAAGAGUACGAAAACCAGCAAUCGUGGCGGACGUCUCAUGAUAAAUUGACCUUUAUUGUCUGCGAGCCGCUCAGUGCAGAGCAACGAAGUCUUGAUGCACGGUUAAUUAAAGCCGAAACCGACGAUUCGCCAGACAAAAUGAAGGGAGACGUCAAUUUCUUCUUAUACCUGGACGAUGAUGACGAGGAAGAUGGCGCUGGACAGCGAGAGGGCCAUAUACGACUGAGAGGCGAAAUAGACGUCAUGAUAGCCGGACAACAACAUCGCGGCAAAGGCACAGGAGAAGCAGCAGUGCGCACAAUCCUGGCGUAUAUACGGAAGAAUUUGACAGGCAUACUACAGGAGUAUGCACAAGGCGAGAAUUUAGACAAGGACAAGAUACAGCUUGUCGGUCUGAUGGCAAAGAUCAAAGAGGACAAUACAGGAAGUAGAGGACUGUUCAAGAAGCUUGGAUUCAGGCAAGAGGGAGAGGCGAAUUACUUUGGAGAGGUGAAGAUGGUGAUGAGUUGGGAGGAAGUUGAAGGUGUGGGAAUGGCAGAUGGGUUGGAGUAUCGCGAGGUGGCAUAUGAGAUGUAAAGCCUUGGAUGAGAAACGGCCACGUGCAAUCGGGUAUCUCACUUGCUAUCUCAGUACGAUUAAACACGAAAAUAGAUCAUUUCAUACGUAUUUUUCUGUUCUC